AUGAGCGACAGUAUGAGCGACUCUACCACCGGUGGCGGCAUCUUGUGCUCGAUGCCGGACCACAAGGAGAUAAUAAUGAUCGGUCAAGAUGUCGGUGGCGAUACCGUUGUGGAGAUCUCAUUAUCAGACCGCAACUACCGGAGCUUCAAGGUCAUGCGUCAUUUCACUGGGUCUAAUCAGACAGAGAAGCUGUCUUUUCUCCGACGCAUUCGGCACCAGAGCUUCGUUAAUGUAUACGCCAUCAUCCCUGUCGGAGACAUAGGCGAGGCUGUCGUCUAUUUUGACAUUAUGCCCAUAAAGGUAAUUGACGUGUGUGAGCAAGCGUACGCCGAACUUAGCGAGCUAAGCAUCGCAGCAAUUCUGGGCCAGGUGUUGCAAGGCGCAGAAUUUCGCGAAGAUAAUGAUCUUCAGCUUGCGAGGUUCGACAAGUUCCAAGUGCUAGCCGAUCUGGCCGGGAAUAUCAAGAUUCGUGGCCAAGAAUGGUGCAACGUCGGUACCAUCUAUCCCGUCCUGAACGGCCUUAUGUCUUUCACCUGCCACGUAAUGUUUCUUGGGUUUUCAAUGGUCGACUGUACUGCACCAGAAAAUGGCCGAAGCAGUCGCAGGUUAUACAUUUCUGGAGUGAGCUGA